GUUUAACCAAGAAGCAGCCGCUGGAUGUAGUGAAUUCGAUCAUGCUCUUUGCAGUAGAGGUCCGAAAAAACACAUUCAAAGUAGAAGGCGAAACGUGGUUGAGGAUAGAACAGUAUCUGGAGGUCUUGGGAUUCUUUUUCAGCAUACUAGUAAAGAAUUUUUGACAAACAUCAGACCACGGAAAGGAUUUGAAGAAGUAUCUACGACUGAGUAUCAUAUGGAGACUAAGGGGAAGGGUAAGGCAUCAAUGGACACUUGAAGACUUUAGGUUUAGCAAAAACUGCGACGUACGAAUUCUGUUACGUAGAAGAAUCCACAUUUUUUUGAAGUUUGGGAGACUACAGACCUCUUGGAACAACUCUAUCAAUUAGAACCAUUCCAUAUUCUAAGAUCGCUUCGAUUACUCAACUAUCGAUCGGAAUAAUAAAAUUUUCCAAUAAUUUUUGAAGUAUCAAGAGUUUUAAAUUAAUUUUCUUAUAAAAUAACCACUCUAUCAACAAUAACGUUCGCCAAUAAAUUUAAUAUAAUUCAUACGACGUAUAUAGUGACAUCUAAGACAUUCAUGUCAAAGAUACGGCCCACGGGCCGCUUCCGGCCCCUAUGUUUUGAUCUCGAUGCAACUAUUUUCAUUUUUUGUUAAAUUUCAAACCGAAACAAUUUUCGUUUCACGAAACGGCUUCCGUCCUCGUGUAGGGCAUAAAAUAUCCUAUGAAUUUGGUCUUUACGAUUUUUUUGUGCGAGUACGUUAGAAAAAGUUAUAAGCAAAAAUACCAUCGGAUUUUAGUGGUUUCAAAAGUGCUCGCGAGCUGGUCAGAAAUUUAGGAAAGCGAUUGUCACCCCUACUUUUUUUUUAAUUUUCUCUUUAUAAACUUACUUCCCCGGACUAUUACAUAAAUUAGUUUAUGCGUAGUAUUCGUCGUGGAAAGUUAUUGGGAACCUUUUCAAACUAAAUGCUUGUUAAAGAUAGACGUUACGAAAUAGAAAUUUAUAAGGCGUAUAAACCAAAAGUGUUUGUGAUUUAAUCAAUGAUAUGGAGAAAAUACUUAAUUUCGACGAACUUAUCAGCAAUCAUAUUGGUAGUAAUAGAACAAUAAAAGGCGUUAAAGCGUCCAAUUUACUAAACGUUGGCGAAAAUUAUAUGAGCGAUAUACUUAGAAUUCAUCUUACACUGAGAAACGAUACAACUGAAGAGGAAGAAAAUAAAUAUUUAAUUGCUAAAUUAACUAUCGAAAAUCCUUUGAUAGCCGAUGGAACUACAGCAAAAUUAACCAAAAACGAAUAUUUAUUUUAUAAACAAAUACUACCAGCUAUACAAGAUUUUGAAAACAACCACUCGUUACCGGUGUCGAAUUUUUUUCCGAAAUUCAUCGCUGGUAGAUUGAAUUUGAAUGGAACUGAUCUACCUGAUCAAAACGCACUUUUAAUUCUAGAAGAUUUGACCUCAGAAGGAUUCAAAUCUGGAGAUCGACACGUUGGAUUUGAUUUAAACGCAACUAAACUAAUACUGAACGAUUUAGCGAAAUUUCAUGCGAUACCACUAGCAAUGAGACUACUGAACCCCCAACAAUACGAAACCCAAAUUAAAAAACAUUGCACUGGUUUAAUCUCGAAUACAUGUGCCGGACCACUUCAAACUUCACUUCUCAUGGAAAAUAUAAUAACGAUGUACAAAAAUUAUCAACACAUUCAACCGAAAUAUAAAAUAUUCGCUACAAAGCUUCAAAAAAUGCUCGAAGAGAAUCCGAAACGCAUAUGGGGAGCGAAAGUCAUCGACGAUUUCGAAACGCUGAUUCACUGCGAUCUAUGGACUAACAACAUACUAUUAAAACACAAUGAUGGAACUGCUAUAAAAAGUGUCUUUCUCGAUUUCCAAAUGGUGGAAACAAAUUCUUGUAUUUGCGAUUUAAUCUUCUUUCUUGUUACCAGUGUUGAGUUGACGUGCUUAAAAAACAAUUUCGACACGUUGAUUCGUUUUUAUUAUGAUGGAUUGAGCUUGAAUUUAGAUAAACUGCAGUGUUUGAAACGGGAACAUAGUUACGAGAAAUUUCAAGAAGCGUUGAGAAAAGGGUCGUAUUCGCCGAUAUUCCAAUGCGUGUUUAUGUUAUUAACGGUAAUAACUGCUCAAAAAGGUCAACAUUUCGAUCAAUUUAAUAUAAGGGAUAUUCCAGUGGAAGACGUUCCGGAAAUUGCGAAAAAUAGGUUAUGUUUCUUGUUACAAGAAGCGUUUCAACGAGGUUGGUUAGACGCAUAACAUAAAUAAAAAACAAAUUAGAAAAAUGUAUAUUGGUUAAGUCUGAAUAAAUGUAUUUAAAAAUUCAUCGUCAUCAUAAAAAUUCACUUAUACUUGUAUAUGCUCUCCAAUUACCACAGAUAGAAUGAAGUGCAAUUUAACAACAUUUUAGGCAUUAAUACUGUGACUUCUAUAGGACGGGACUGGCCAAGUUCGCGAUCGUGGAAAGGCCCUAAAUAAUGUACAAAAAAAAUGUCUUGUUAGAAGUUAUUGUGUGUGAUUUGGAUGAAAUGUUUCUCCCAUCAAAUUGUUGAUGUAGAAUUCUUAAUUAGUAGGACUGUGUAAAUUAAAGUAAAUUCUUCAAUUU